AUGUCAACAUCAGAAUAUUCAGAACAAUUAGAGACUUAUUUAAAAAAAUAUAAUAUAAAAAAUUUUGAAUAUUCACAAUGUAGUGACAUUAAACGUAUUGGUAAAGGAGGUUAUGCAGUUGUAUAUUCUGCCAGUUUUGAAGGACAGAUGUAUGCAUUAAAAAGUCUAGACAUUAACUUGAGUUUCGAAGAAAAAGAGUUCAAAGUUUUCAAACGUGAGCUUGAAUGCCUUUAUAAGGUUGAUCAUUCUAAUAUCAUAAAAUUCCAUGGAAUCUCUAGAAACGAACUCGAUAAAUUAUCAACAGAAACUGUAGACUUUAUUAUAAAUAACAUUGAUAUAGGUCAAUUUCAAAGCAGUAAAUCUGAUGAGAUUAAUUCAAAGCAAACCAGUGAACCUGAUGAGAAUUUAAUAAAAAUCAAUGAAUCUGAUGUGAUUAAUUCAGAACAAACCAAUUCUGAUGAAGUUAAUUCAAAGCAAACCAGUGAACCUGUUGAGAAUUUAAUAAAAAUCAAUGAACCUGAUGUGAUUAAUUCAGAACAAACCAAUUUUGAUGAAGUUAAUUCAAAGCAAACCAGUGAAUCUGAUGAGAAUUUAAAAAAAAUCAAUGGACCUAAUGUGAUUAAUUCAGAGCAAACCAGUUCUGAUGAAAUUAAUUCAAAGCAAACCAGUGAACCUGAUGAAAAUUUAAUAAAAAGUAAUGAACCUGAUGAGAUUAAUGUAAAGCAUAAAAAUGAUACUGAUUACGAACCAAAACUUGAAGAUCAUAUUAAUUCAAGUGCAAAGACCUCGAAAUAUAAUUCUAUUUCAAAUUUGUCAAAAAACACAAAGUAUUCUAAAUGGUUAGAAGAAGCUUUGAAAGAUGGUACUAUAGCUUUUUAUGAAUAUUCGGAAUUUAAAAACGUCAAAGUAAUUGAAAAAGGUGUAUUUGGUGAUAUUUGUUCAGCUGACUUCUAUACUACAAAGUUAGCAUUGAAGUGCUUUGGUACUAAUGAACCAACUAAAGAAUUUGUUAACGAGCUUAGACAACUACGUACUGUUAGUUUUCAUCCUAAUACAAAUCAAUUCCAUGGCAUUACAAUUG